AUGCGAUCAGGGCUUCUGCAGCGCGGUUUCUUGAUUGAGGCGGAAAAUCUAAAGCUUAAUGAAACAGCGAAGAAAAAGAAUGCACUACAGCGAGAACUGGUUGUCAGCGGUUUCGGUUUAGCACGCGCCUAUCAAAUGCUGCGCGAUGCCCACUCGCCGAAUCCACAUCUCACUUAUCCACAUGUUCACUUCAAAGCCGGGAUCAACAUAAUGGGCCUAUAUAAUCCCGAUACCUGGACUAUAGCAUGCUUGCUUGGCUUUGUUAUCACAGCUUAUGCUAAUAAUGCUAUCCAUGAAAAUCUCUCGGAGUUCCACGAUAUGUUUCAGAAGCGCUCUGUUCUCGUUAAAGUCUUGCACUACAAGAAAACGGUCGUCCUGCAAGUUAUGGUUUAUCUCAGGAAGCCCACACGUUUCUCAACCUUUUACCCUCUCUGUUUUCAUACAAAUCAUGACAAAAUGGCUUUAAUUCGAAAUGUUCGGGAGCAAAUUCUGGAUGCUAUCAACGAUUACAAUGAAGUGUACGCGCAAUUUAGUCUAAAGAAUGCCGAGCUGGAACGUUUCAAGAAAGAGUACGUUGGCGAAACAAGAUACCGAAUGGAAGAAGGGAUGAAAAAUUUGAGCUACAACGGGAGCUGA